UAACACUUAUGUUUCUAGACAAUAUCUCAAGAUGCCUUUGAGCUUUUGCAAUGAAAUUUUAUACAACAACUCCUUAUGGCCUAAAAAAGAUCCACUUGAUUUUGAGGUUGAAAGGUCAAAGAUCAAGAAUAUGUCUCCUAUCUUUAACAGCAACGUCAUAGAAAUAGUCCCUAAAACAAACACAUCCCAGAGAUAUCUAGAACAUCAGUGUUGACAUUUGAAUGUCCAAAACAGAGACAGACAGAUAUGAGCUUUAUCUUUCUUACCUGUGAUAAUAAUUAAUUAGACUUACCUGUGCAACAGGUGAGAAAAAAGCACAGGAAGCUCAAAGAGCCAUUAGGGGAUUAAAAUUAUGUCAGUGUUGCAAUGUGUGAGGACCCUGUCUUUGGGCAGGAGGACUCUGCUUUCUCAGGGCAUUUGCACCUAUGGGGGACAGAACAGAUUUCAGACAGUUUUAGGGGGAAAAGAUAGGAGGUGUUACUCAGAGACAACCUUGGACCCACCCCCAGCUCUACCCUCUAGUGCCAGGGUUGUCAUUUGUGGAGGGGGUGUGAUUGGAACAUCAGUUGCAUAUCACUUGGCCAAGGCAGGAUGGACAGACGUGGUGCUGCUAGAACAGGGACAGUUGACUGGAGGAACCACAUGGCAUUCAGCUGGACUGAUCUCACAGGCCAGACAGGAUGUGUCCACCUCUAAACUCAUGCGGUAUGGCAGAAAACUGUACCAAGAACUGGAGGCAGAGGGACACAAUCUCAGUUUUAAGCAGUGUGGUAGUUUAAUGUUAGCCCAGUCUAAAGACCGACUGAUUUAUCUUCAGCGGAGGAGUCAGAUUGCUAUAGCUGCUGGGAAUGAAAGUCACAUUAUUACACCCCAAGAGGCCAAGAAAAUUUGUCCUUUAAUCAGAAUUGAUGACUUAGAGGGGGCUUUAUGGAUACCAGAGGAUGGGGCUCUUACUGCCCCAGAUUUAGCCCUAACCUAUGCUUCUGUUGCAAAAGAAAUGGGUGUGAAGGUAUUUGAGAGGGUAGCUGUAGAUAAGGUUGUGGCAAAUAAAAGAGUUGUCUCCCAUGUGGAAACCUCUGCUGGAAAAAUUGACUGUGAAUACUUUGUCAACUGUGGGGGAAUGUGGGCCCAUAGUCUUGGGAAAAAAUCUAAACCCGAAGUCAAAGUCCCUCUUCAUCCCUGUGAGCAUUUCUACAUCACAACAAAACCUAUAGAAGGAAUGGAUCCCAUGAUGCCAGUGGUGAGGGAUUAUGAUGGCCUGACCUACUUCAGGGAGUGGAGUGGAGGGAUUCUGGCAGGGGGAUUCGAACCUGUGGCAAAACCAGCAUUCCUGAAUGGAAUUCCAAAGGAUUUCCAGUUUGGGUUACUACCCGAUGACUGGGAUCAUUUCCAGGUACUUUUGGAUCCCAUCCUUCACCGCAUGCCAGUGAUGGAAGAAGCAAAUGUCCAUAAGAUGUUCAAUGGUCCAGAGAGUUUUACACCUGAUGGCCACUGGAAUCUUGGGGCUGCUAGUGAGAUCAGAAAUUACUAUGUAGCUGCUGGGAUGAGUUCCAUGGGAAUAGCGGGAUCAGGAGGGAUCGGGAAGUACUUGACAGAAUGGAUCACGGAGGGAAUGCCCAGUAUAGACCUGUCCAGUCACGAUAUCCUGAGACACGUACCCCAUCACAACAAUCCUAAAUUCCUAGCAGAGAGGGUCAAAGAAACACUGGGUAUGUACACUCUGAGAUACCCGAAUGAGCAGCGUUAUAGAGGAAGAAAACUCCGAACCUCGCCAUUACACACAAGACUUGAAGUACAAGGUGCUUGCUUUGGAGAAACCAAUGCUUAUGAGAGACCCAUGUGGUUCACAAAUUCAAAUGAUGACUACCUACAUGAUCAGUACAACAUAGAGAAGGGAGGGAGAACUUUUGCGCAGCCAUCUUUCUUUGACAAUGUGAGAGAUGAGUACUGGGCUUGUAAGGAAAAUGUCUGUUUGAUUGACAUGUCAUCUUUCACCAAAACAGAGGUCCGGUCCAAAGGACCAGAGGCACUACAAUUUCUGCAGUACCUGAGUUCAAACAACAUUGAACAGCCUAUUGGCACCAUUAUCCACACUGGAAUGCAGAAUAAAUUUGGAGGGUAUGAAAAUGACUGCACCAUUGUUCCUAUGGAGAAUAAUACGUUCUUCAUGAUCUCACCAACUUCUCAACAGACAAGGUCAUUGAACUGGUUACUGAAACAUCGGCCAGCAGAUGGCUCUGUGGAGAUCCGUGAUGUCACUUCUGCCUAUGCAGGGAUCAAUGUGAUUGGUCCUCAUGCUCCUCAGCUGUUGAAUGAUGUGUCAGGGGUCAAAACUUCCAGACAAGAAUUCAAACAGAUGACUUGUAAGGUGAUAGAUGUUGGCUUUGCCAGCAAUAUUAUUGCUAUGAGGCUAACUCACUCAGGGGAGGAUGGCUUUGUGCUUUACGUUCCAUCAGAGUAUGGCUUACAUGUGUAUGAAACCUUGGUGAAAGCAGGAAAAGACUAUGGGAUUCGUGAUGCUGGGUAUUAUGCACUUCGUGAGCUACGAAUAGAGAAAUUCUACGCUUAUUGGGGGUCUGACCUCACAACUCACACCACACCACUGGAGAGUGGCAGAGAAUUCAGGGUAGCAUUUGAGAAGGGGGAUUUCAUAGGAAAGGAUGCCCUUCUGAAACAGAGAGAGAAUGGGAUCAGCCAAAGAUUUGCUCAGUUCUUCUUAAAUGACUUUGAUUAUGAGACUGAUGUGUGGCCAUGGGGUGGGGAACCAAUCUAUCGCAAUGGCAAAUAUUGUGGUACUAUUACAUCCACUGGUUAUGCCCACACAUUGGAACGAAUGACAUGUCUGGGUUUUGUCACGGACUAUGACAGUGAAGGAAAGAGGGUGUUACACAAGGCCAUGCAUGACUUUAUUUUGGAUAAGUCAGCAAAGUAUGAGAUAGCCAUUGCUGGGAAGAAAUUCCCUGCAGAGGUCAACUUGUACACCAAACAAGCAGUGUAUCAGAAUGGAGAACCAGUUUUUAUUCCUGCACCAAAACGAUGAAUAAACUAACCAGUGUUCCUUCUUCGGUGAAACUAUUCCUGUAAUAAAAAUGUUUAUGUGAUACCUCAGUUACUGCUGUUUUAGUGUAACAUCACUGUUUUUUUUUUAACCAGAGACAAUUCAUUUGCUUAGUAUGAUUGUAAAGUUUGUAUAUACCAGGUGUGUAUGCACGUAAGCUAUAAUUAUUUACGGUAUGUAUAGAACAUCCACCUAUAUAUACUGGCAAUAAAAGAAAGUUGAAGUAAAUUUUGUCCUAAGAAUGCUCUAUUGAGUGAGCAACUGCGUAGAAGAUUUGUUUGUUAAAAAAUGUCUUAUGAAAUGAUUUUUGAUGAUUAAAUCAUUCUUGUUAA